AUGAACCGAUCAAAAUCUUUUCUCUUUAGAGUUCUCUUGUUCACACUAUUCACGGGGCUUGUGUCACCUUUUGCACUGGGCGAAUCUUCUUCAGGAUCCAAAGGUUCAAUUUUUCGAAAACCUCGCACCUUGGCAGCCCAAGUCUCCACCACUGGACAAGACAAACAGAAAUCACGAGCUAGAUUAUUCCUAGAGACCUUCGAUCUUCGGUCCAGACGACACAAUGGAGCAGCUCAAAAAGACGCGACUUCUUUAACAGUUGCCUCUCGGCUCUUGUUUUUGUAUGUGACGCCAAUGUUGGACUUGGCGUUAAACAGGACACUCACUGAAAACGAUGCUUUUGCAGUGCCUGAAAGCAAAAAGAUGAAAAAUUCUGUGGAUGCGCUCAGUGAUGUCUACGAACGAUUUAGAAAAGAGGCCGAAAAGAGUGUUGCGACGAAUCAUGGACGAGGAUUGGCCAAGCUCAACAAGUCAAAAUCUUUCAUUCUGUUUAAGGCCAUUGUAUAUCAUCAGCGACGUCAGCUUUUUUUGACGGGUUUAUUGAGAUUGGUAAAUACGAUAAUUCAAGCUUUUCCAGCAGUUUUGGUGUCUCGGCUCCUGAAAUGCAUCGAGGCUGGUUCAACUUACCCAGCCUACAAGGCAGUCAUGACAGCGCUUCUUCUUGUGUCCGUUCUAUGCCUGAAAAUGAUUAUCGAGAACCAAUUUUUCCACAAUAUCAUCCAGAUGUCAACUCAAACUAGAGGUUCGCUGGAGGGGUUAAUUUUCGAUAAAAGUCUCCGGCUGCCCGACGGUGGAAGCGGCGUCUUGGCGAAGCAGAAGAUGGAUAAGGAGAAGAAGGCCUUGGGAUCGGGGGGGGUAUUGAAUCUAAUGCAGUCAGAUGCUUCAAUAAUUGAGUCUGCAGUCAUACAAAUCCAUACUACCUGGGAUGGACUCUUGCAAAUUGCGAUUUAUACAUCUCUUCUGUUCAAGUACUUGGGUCCCAGCGUGUUUUGGGGGAUCAGUGUUUUGUUGUCAGUCAUUCCUUUGAAUAGCGUGACGUUGAGGUUGCUUGAUCGUCUAACACAACGAGAGAAUGAAGCAAAAGACGCGAGAACCAAACGCACAACCGAAUCAAUAACGAAUAUGAAGCUGCUGAAAGUACAAGCCUGGGAAGAUCGUUUUGCAGAAGACAUUCGACAGCAUCGGCGCGAUGAGUUAGCUCGACACAAAGCUCGAGGAAUGAUUCGAUCGCUCAACUCGGCCAUUUCCAAUUGUGUCCCUUCCAUAGUUCUGGUGGUAACAUUGACAGCAUACGCAGGGACAGGCAACCCCAUUGUUGCCAGUACUAUCUUCACAGCUAUAUCACUCUUCAAUCAACUCAGGUUUCCGUUAUUCUUUUACCCGAUGCUGGUCGACUCUUUGGCGAACGGAAAGAACUCUCUCCGGCGUAUUUCUUCAUACCUGACAUCGGAAGAGCUGACACCUUAUACAGAGAAAUUGCCUUCAGAGGAUGGAGGAGGUAUUGAGGUGGAGAAUGGUAAUUUUUUAUGGCCAUCAUCGGAUGCACCAGAGGAUGGGCAAGUUUCGCCCCCUGAUUCGCCUGCCCUGUGUAACGCAAACCUGAAAGUAAACAGUGGUGAAAUUGUCGCUGUUGUAGGAUCUGUCGGUAGCGGGAAAACUGCAUUACUACUUUCAUUGCUUGGGGAGCUGGCUCCUGUUCCUAGAAUGGUAGUGGAUUCUGAGGGAUGCGUAGAUAGUGACAGAGGCGGUACUCUAAUUGACAGACCAAAGGUUACAUCUAUUGGCACAGUGGCGUACUGCUCUCAAGAUGCUUGGAUCCCAAAAGGUACAAUUCGCAAUGCUGUUGUAUUCGGCAGAGACUAUGACGAAGACAAAUAUACGUCUGCCAUUUACGAUGCUGGGCUCGAUCAAGAUAUUGAGAAUGGUGUGUUUAGCCAUGAAACAGAUGUUGGCGAGGGUGGAUCUAGUUUAUCUGGUGGUCAGCGCGCGAGAGUUGCUCUAGCUCGUGCUCUCUAUAGUGGAGACGACACAAAAGUAUUCUUACUGGAUGACUGUCUUGCUGCAUUGGAUGCCAGCAUGGGUUCCCUUGUGUUCGAGCGGCUGAGGACACGCUUGAAGCGAUCUAAGGCUGCCACUCUUAUCGUCACAAACGACCCAUCAUUACCGAGACAAUGCGAUCGUGUUGUUCUCAUGGGACAAAAGCCCGGUGGUUCUUCGUUGUCUUCGUGCUCCACGACCAUUGAUAUUGGCUCGUAUGACGAGUUACUUGCAAGGGGGCAUCAGCUGUCAAACAUCGCAGUAUCACUUGGUGAAGCUCGGGACGAGAAUCUAGAAAUUCCCUUGCCUGAUACUAGACAUGAAAUAAGCCAGGAGGAGGGAAACUAUGAUGACGGAAAUAAUGGAGUUCUUCAACUGGUCAAACCGCACAAUCCAACUGAUGAUCCGACCCCAGGAGACAGAAUCAUUCUUGAACCCGAUGCAGAAACUGGCCAUGGUCCUAUUGCAUCAAAUCCCGUUAGAGACAACUGUUUGGAAGACAUCGAUGUAUCAAGUUCAAGAGAUGAUUCAAAGAUUCUUUCAGCCGACGAAAAAAUGUCUACAGGCGCUGUACCAAUGAAAACAUACACGAACUAUCUCAAAGCCGUGCGAAGCCCCAAGCUAAUCGCUGCAAUGCUAGUCGCAUUUGUUGCCACAAAUGGUGCACAAUUUUUCCAGCAAUAUACUGUCGCAAAGUGGACGGAACUUGCUCAUGGCAACGCAGUAGCAGGAGCUCUAGGUGGACAGUACUUGAAGUCUCUGGUCUACGCAGCUGGCGCAGUGUCCGUGUUCCUUUGGUUUCGAAGCUACUUCACGAUGCUUGUUGGACUGCGGGCUUCGGAUUUCUAUCAUGAUCGCAUGGUGAGGUCUGUUUUUCGUGCGCCUAUGUCUUUCUUUGACUCAACACCCAGUGGUCAAAUUUUAUCUCGCUUUGGAAAGGAGAUGGAAACAAUCGAUCGGGCACUGCCAGAAAGCUAUGCAUCCGUUCUCUUUUGUGCGCUGCAGAUCUCCAGCUCUGUUUUUGCGCUUGCAGGUGCAGUGACCCCAACAAUGAUUAUCCCGAUAAUGUUUGCUUCGUUGCUGUACUACAGAACGAUGCGGAGAUUUCGAAGGGCUGCUCGCGACAUGAAGCGAAGUGAAACGAAAACGAGAUCGCCAAUCUUUACACACUUCGGUGAGACUUUACGUGGGACUGCGACUAUCCGUUCGAUUCCUGGUGCCGCUCGCACAUGGUCAAGCGCUCAUCGCAAGCUAUCGGAUGCAAACUUGUCGGUAUAUUCGACAGUGAAAGCUCUUGAUCGUUGGCUUUCAACCCGGCUUGAAGCACUAGGAAACUUCAUGGUUCUGUCGACUGCCAUAGCUUCUGUGAUUCUUUCAAGAAGUGGACGUCUCCUUCCCGGAAAAGCUGGCUGGGGAUUGACUCAAUCGCUUGCAAUUACUGGAUUGAUGGCAUGGGCAGUGAGGAAUCUCACAAUGCUUGAAAACCACAUGAUGUCUGUUAUGCGAGUGCGUGAGAUGACUGAUCUUGACGAAAGCGACGGUUCUCUAGACGAGACAACUUCUCCGAAGCUAAUGCCAAGAGAACUCUCCGGUGCUGGUGAGGCGGUAAGAAUUCAGAAUGCUUCAAAAUUGCGAUCUUCGCCAAAGGACGAAAAGGCGCUGCUUGCUUCUGGAUGGCCUUGGAAAGGUGGUGUAAGCUUUCAAAAUGUAUCGAUGCGAUACAAUUCUGCUUCUCCUUUAGUGUUGAAGAAACUGAGUAUUGAUGUGCCGGCUGGGAGUACACUAGGAGUUGUCGGGCGCACAGGUUCUGGAAAGAGCAGUCUCUUGUUGACUUUAUUUCGUAUUGUGGAAAUUGAAAUGGGGGGAAGCAUCCAGAUUGACAGCGUAGACAUACGAUCGGUUGGUCUAAAGGCUCUCCGAGAGUCUUUGUCAAUUAUUCCUCAGGAUCCAGUUCUGUUUACAGGGACCGUUCGAACAAAUUUAGACCCGACCAGUAAACGAUCUGACGAUGACAUGUGGAAAUCGCUUGAGGCAGCUUCACCAGAGCUUGCAAAACAGUUCUACUCCGCUGGCGGACUAGAGACACCAAUUACAGAGGGGGGUAGUAAUCUUAGCCAAGGGCAACGACAAUUGGUGUGCUUGGCCCGGGCACUGUUGCGAUCGAGCAAAAUCUUGGUUUUGGAUGAAGCGACCUCGAGCGUCGAUGCAGGUACAGACAAACAAGUUCAAGAUACAAUCCGUAGCCAAUUCGUGGACAAAGGUGUCACAGUAAUCACUGUUGCUCAUCGCCUCGAUACUAUCAUGAACUAUGACAAGGUCGCUGUUCUUGGAGAUGGAGCGCUUAUUGAGUAUGGCGUUCCCGCCAGAUUGGCAAAUCAAUCGGGUGGCGAAUUCAAAAGACUCGUGGAUGCUGACAGGAAGAAUAAGAUGCGUGGAGCAAAGAGUGAAAAAGAGGACCUAGUACCUAUGUGA